UACCGUUGCCCGAGCAUGUUCCUGAGAUAGUCAAGCUGAGCCAUUUCGCUGUGCGAUUUCGCUCUACCCCGUGCUGAACAUCGACUCUUUGAUUGAUCAAGAACCGCUGGCAACGGUCAAUCGUCCUUUCUUUUUCACUUUCUCAAACCUCCAUACCAUACCACAUCAUGGGCAAGCUGAUCAAGAACCACUGGGCCCGGCUGAUCGUCCUCACUGCCGCAGCGUACCAAGUCGCCGCCUCAAUAGAAGGCUUCUUCUGGCCCAAGAUCUUCUGGGACUUUCUCACCAAGAACCUCGACGGCGCCGUCAAGCCCGUCCCCGCCCUCCAGAUCCUCAAUCUCGUGCUCGGCCUCUUCGCGCUCGCCUUUGAGUGGCCCAUCAGGCCCUUUGCCGGCACCACCAUCCACCGCUCCAUCGAGGCCCGCCUCGUCAUCUAUCCGCUCUCCGCCCUCUGCUGCCUGCUCAUGUACCAGUCCACCAACCCGGGAAUCUACUACACCAUUGCCAUGGGUGUCUACUUCUGGGCCUACAGUGAGGGCGAGAUUGUCUGUCCGGAGCCGUGGACGCUGCCGAAGCGUAGCGCGCGCGGGCCCGUCAAGGUCUGAUAUCCGCCGGGCCUGCAUGCCCAUCAAUCUUUUUUUGGCGAUUUAUUACUCAUUUCAUUCAUCUUGCAUGGGGGGGCGCGCGGCGAGAGGCAUGUUGAGCGCACGCACACACGAAACGAAGCAUUUAGAAGAGCGUUUAGAUACCAUUUUUCCUUGUGUCUGGUCCGGCAUAGCGAUUGGCGUUUUGGAAGU